AUGGACGACGCUCGCUUUCCAAAACUACUCCUUUAUGGAGACGUCGUUAAGUGUGCUCGCCGACAGGGUCAAAUCCACCACCACGAGGACACCACCACGAUAACUCCUGGGGGCAGCUGCAAAUCGACUGAAGACUUAGGAAGUCUCCGCACAAAAUCAACUGGCCUGGAAAUAGAAGUGAAGACUAGAGCAGAUAUCUCUGAAGGCAGCCAGGUCGUCGCUCCUAAAGCCAAAAGGGAGCGCGUAAGUCCCAGGAGUCCCUCACCCACAACAUGAAUGAUCCAACACUUCCAACAUGCCUACGAUGUCAACGAUGCUCGAAUCGACCUCGCUGAACAUCACUGGACUCAACGUACCAACGACCUGACAACCCCAACCUCUGCCUCCGCGUCUAUUCCUGAUACAACCCCUUACGACGUCCACGACGGCGGCCACCCUCAACACCGCUUUUCUGAUUCCCCGUGUCCUGCCUCAGUCGGCCAUCGCAACCGUGAUCUCUGCCAAAACUUUUGCUGUGACGACCGCCACAAUAACCUCUACCACCUCUGCUAUCAAGCGAAACGCUGCCGAUGCCUCGUUAACUACCAGCCUCACAAUCACAACUCUCACCUCUAGCGAUGUGGAUUCGGCCCCAUCUGCCCUCAUUUCAGUCACAAAUUCACCUUCACCCACGAGCCUGUCCGGUCACUUGCGAAUCCACCGCACAGAGACCGAUGAACCAUUGCCAUGA